GGAGAAGCUGCAUCUGAUCAUCUUUCUUUCUUGAAAUUAAAUAUAUCCAACAGAGAGCUGUUCCUGUCUGUUACCCUCCUGAUGAGUUGCAACAUUAAUUCUUCCCAGUAAGCCAGUAAGCCCAGGUGAAACAUCAAAGAAUAUGAUACACCAAAAUGGAUCCUGUGGGACAGAACAGAUACCCAUAUCCUAUUUAACAUGUGUGUUUUAUGUGUUAGAAGAAUGGACUGGAGUGGAACGCUUGGGAGAAUAUCUGAGUUACCUCAUCUACCUCACAUGGCUAUUUAUGCCACUACUCAUAGGUUUUCUGCUUCCAGCAGUUAUUAUCCUCCUCAUUUAUAUUUCGGCUAUCAUUGUUCAUAUUUACAAAAGAAAAGCAGACAUAAAAGAAGGUUAUUUGAAUGAUUUCUGGGAUGGUGUAAGACAAAUCUUGGCAACUAUGUGGUAUGCUCAUGCAAGAAUAUGGAAUGGUUAUGAGGUGCGUGGUCUUGAAAAACUACCAAAUGGACCAGCAAUAAUUAUUUUUUAUCAUGGAGCAACUCCUAUAGACUUUUUCUAUUUGGCAGCCACUGUUUUAAUCAAGAAAAAAAGAAUCCUCCAUGUAGUUGCUGAUCAUUUUGUCUUUUCAAUUCCAGGUAUACAGUUAUUAAUUGAUGUGAUCCGUGUUCUGCAUGGAUCACAGGAAGAAUGUAGAAAAGUAUUAGAAAAUGGAGGACUGGUGAUAAUUUCACCAGGGGGAGUACGGGAAGCACUAUUCAGCGAUGAAAAUUAUACUAUUAUGUGGAAAAAUCGUAAAGGGUUUGCUCAAGUGGCCACUGAUGCAAAAGUGCCCAUCAUUCCUAUGUUCACACGAAACAUUCGGGAAAAUAUCCGAGUAGUUGGAGGACAAAUAAAAUUAUUAAGAUCGAUAUAUGAGUAUUUUCGUUGGCCACCAGCUCUUCUGUAUGGAAACUUUCCAGUUAAAUUACAGACAUAUUUUGGAGAUCCUAUUCCAUAUGAUCCAAACACAACAGCAGAAGAACUGACCGAAAAAGCAAAGGAUGCACUACAAUGUUUAAUAGACAAACAUCAGAAAAUACCAGGAAAUGUGUGGAGGGCUUUGAUGGAAAGAAUUACAACAGAGAAACAAGACAAUGAAUAGCUUUGACAAAUCAUUGUGAAAUUUUUUGAAUGAUAUUUAAUGUGAUAUAUGAUUUAAGAAUUGUUACAAUAGUUUUUUAUUUGCUGUGCAAAUGUAUAAUUUUACAGAAAACCAGGCUUUGAAGAUCAUUGUUACAUGUAUUGCUCAGGAAAGUAAAUAUUUCAGUAUAAAUACAACUCUUUUGUGUUCACAGAAAUAAAACUAUAGUUUAAAAAGCGCAAUCCUAAUUAGGAAUAAGAUGUAAAAAUGAUUUUUAGGCUUUUUGAAAUUUAUCAAAUACGUAGCCUAUUUCUAGUACUUCUUAAAUUAAAUGUAAACUUUAAAUGGAUCAGGAUUAAAUUUAGUAUUUUUGUAAAACUUAGAUUUUUUUUAUUCCAUGUAUUCUCCAGUUACCAAAAGUUUAAAGUAAUCAAACUUAAUGUAUGCAGAAGCUACUCAUAUGAGCAAGAAAGAUCCAGUAUCUGUAUUUAUUAAUACUUUGAAUUACACUUAGAAUUUAGUUCUAUUUUACUGCCCAGUACUACUUAUACUGGUACUUAAAAAGAGAAAAUUAAUUUAAGGCUUUGUAAAUAAUAUGAAUUGGCACUGCAUAAAGAAGAAUUUCUGCAAUAGAAAUUGUUUUGCUAUUUUCCAGCAAGUACUACAUUUUUGGGAAAACUACUAAUUUAUUAUGAAUUUGUGUGUCCUUGAAAUUAAAAUUCAUAGAUUAUAGGUAUACUUCUGUGCCAAGACAGUGCGAAGCCACCAAGAUGUGCCUUAUUUACUAUAGUGAUUGUGGGAUCAAUAAUCAUUCAAACAGAGACUUACAUAGCAGGUUACAAUGCCAUCAAAAUGAGAAUAUUAGCAUAGGAAGUUGAAAUGAUAAUCCUUUUAUUGGGAAGCAUCUUUCUGCUAAGAAUAUGUUUCAGUAUUCUCCACUUUGAUUACAGAUAAUAUAUACAGUGGACUAAGUAUUAAUGAAUAGGUCAAUUCAUGUAUCUAAAUCAAGGUUGUCUCUAAUCAAAUAGUUGAAUUAAACAGAAUGACACAAGUUCUUUACAGUAUCAUUUGCACUAUAAUGUACCUGUUGUCAUUUUCAUGUCAUUGUAUCUUGCUAUAUAUAUAUGUUCAGACCUAUGAUUGAAUGAUUAUUGACAACUUUUUUUACAAGGCCCUAGUCAGCAACGACUAGCAGAGUAAAAUCUGCAGGGAUCCUUUUUAAUGGAUAAUGUUGCAAUUCUGAGCAUUUUUUAGAUUUCUUAUAGUGUUGAAUCCAUUUUAAAGGUUAGAUUCUAUUUCAAACAUUCCAUAUGUUUAUUCUGCAUAUUUAUAACCGUCCAAACCUACUUAUGAGUAGCUUAUUUAUGAUAUAUGCAUAGGAAAUUUAUUUUGUUGGUUUCAUUAAUGCAAAAUAACUUCAAACUUCGGGGGAGAAAAGUAUAUUUGAGAAUGUUCUGAGAAUAUUUUUACUUUUGGGGGAAAGGUUAGUUCUCCAGAGCUCUUAUAUGAAAACUAUUCUGUACUAUUAUAAUCCACAAAGCAGGACUUUUUUUCUUUAAAAAUUUAAGUAGAAAAAAUAGCUUUAUUGUGUCUUUUUUCAGAUUUCAGCAUGCAUAAGGAACUCCAUCCAAAUUGUUUUAAAAAGAUGCCAUGUGAAGUUAGAGUGCUUUACCAUGAGCCUAUUUGUCUGUCAGUAUUUUUUGGAGUAGGAUGGGAAUCUCUGAGCACUGAAAUGUAUCCAAUUAAUGAAAACAGAACUCCUGGAAAUACGUUAUAAGAUAUGGAUACGUAGCUAUCAAAAAUUUACUUUUUUCUGGAAGUAGAAUUACGUCAAAUAUAAGUAAUUCUACUUCCAGAAAAAAAGUAUUUUCUUUGAUUGUUAUGUGUACUACUUUAACUAUUUAUUCAUAGUAAAUGAUAACAAAUAUUUUUUUUAUUAUCCACUGAAUCUACGAUACUUGAUAAAUGUAAAUCUGAUUUUAUAUGUUCACAUUUAGUCUUACUUUUCAAUUCCCUUAAGACCUUAAAAGGAAACAAGUUGUUAUGAUGACCAUUUGAUAAUUAUGAUUAAAAGGUUUGACAUAGAAAUAGUCACUACUAUAAUGAUUUCUGAAAAGUGUUAAAGAGAUAGAGAAGUAAUCCAACAGGUAAAGAAGGGCCCAUAUUUAGGAAAACCUUUUCUGUCCAUUUAAGGGGUAUUGUGGGUUUUUUUGAGCUCUCUUGCUGCUGCAAAAUGUAUUGCUUUUACUUUAAAUUAACAUUUUCAAUUUCAUUUGCUGUUUAAUUAUUUUCUUUCAGACUGAUUACUCAAUGUUUAGAUUAUUAAAAAGUGUUUGUAAGGUAUUUCCAGGAGUGAUACAGGAAACUUGUAAAUAUUUUGAGAUCAGGGUUAUAGAUAUUGCUGCAUAUUUUUUUCUGAAUAAUGCUUUUAAAUCACUUACAAGAUAGUAACAGAUUGAAAUAUAGUUCAUUUAAGAAUAUUUAAACAUAGUUUAUCUGCAGUUAUUCCUUAUUGUUUUAUUUAUUUUUAUGUCAUGGGGUGAAGAAUACCUACUGAAUAAAGCUGAAGUAACAAUUAGAAAAUAUCA